AUGUCCGCCUCCACCCGAAUCCCCUCCAUCGCCCAGCCACACGUGAGUGAUCGCGCCAAAAAGACACUCGACCUGGUCGAAGAAUUCGUCGAGAGAGAAUGUAUCCCCGCCGAACCCCUCUUCCAGGCCCAAUUGGGGGAGGGAAAACAGCGAUGGACCACCAAUCCCGCCAUCAUGGAGACCCUCAAGACCAAAGCCCGCCAGCAGGGUCUGUGGAACAUGUUCCUGCCCAAGAACCAUUUCUCCCAGGGGGCAGGCUUUAGCAAUCUCGAAUAUGGUCUGAUGGCCGAAUGUCUGGGCAAGAGCAAGCUGGCGUCCGAGGCGACCAACAACGCGGCCCCCGACACGGGCAACAUGGAGGUGUUAGCAAAAUAUGGUAACGAGGCGCAGAAGCAACGAUGGCUGGCUCCGUUGCUGGAUGGGAAGAUUCGCUCUGCUUUUCUCAUGACCGAGCCCGAGGUGGCCUCCAGCGAUGCUACCAACAUCGAGCUAAAUAUGCGCCGUGAAGGCAAUGAAUACGUUCUGAAUGGCUCGAAAUGGUGGUCCUCCGGUGCUGGCGACCCGCGAUGCCAGAUCUAUCUGGUUAUGGGCAAAUCCGACCCAACCAACCGUGAUCCCUACCGCCAGCAGUCGGUGAUCUUGGUGCCCGCUGAUACCCCCGGCAUCACGGUGCACCGCAUGCUAUCGGUAUACGGCUACGAUGACGCCCCGCACGGCCACGGCCACAUCACCUUCACCAACGUGCGAGUACCAGUGGCCAACAUGGUUCUGGGCGAGGGACGCGGCUUCGAGAUCAUCCAGGGCCGUCUUGGGCCCGGCCGCAUCCACCACGCGAUGCGCACGCUCGGCGCGGCCGAGAAGGCACUGGAAUGGUUGAUUGCGCGCAUCAACGAUGACCGCAAGAAGACCUUCGGAAAGCCUCUGUCAUCGCACGGCGUCAUCCUCGAGUGGGUGGCGCGCUCGCGCAUCGAGAUCGACGCCGCCCGUCUCAUCGUCCUCAACGCCGCCAUCAAGAUCGAUCAGGGCGAUGCCAAGGCCGCCCUCAAGGAGAUUGCCCAGGCCAAGGUCCUCGUGCCCCAGACCGCGCUGACCGUCAUCGAUCGCGCUGUGCAGGCCUACGGCGCUGCCGGUGUCUGUCAGGAUACUCCCCUGGCGUACCUGUGGUCUUUGAUCCGUACCCUGCGGAUCGCGGAUGGUCCCGACGAGGUCCAUCUGCAGCAGCUGGGUCGUCGUGAGAACCGCGCUCGUCGGGAUGCCAUCAUCGAGCGCUUGGACUGGCAGCGGAAAGAGGGAGAGCGGUUGUUGGCUGAAAAUGGCCUCACCAAUCCUGCUCUGAAGAGUCAUCUAUAG